AUGGCUCGUUUUGAUCCAUUUUCACCCACGUUCGAUCACCCGCUGCUAAAUUCCAGCCCUGACUAUGGGUCGCGAACCACCUCCUUCAGAAAUCGCGUCGUUGGUGAUAUAGGCUCCAUCAAUCCUGUCCAAUCUUCCUUUCGAGAACGCAACAAACGUCUCCGAAGUCUUGAAGAUGAGAGAACCCAGCUCAUGGAGGACCUGUUAUACCAACUCGAAACUACUCAAAAUCACGUCGAGCGUCUGCAAAUGGAUUACAACAGAGAGGUCGAGUUCAAUCGUACAAGCCGUUUGGAAGAGUCCUCGCUGCGAGACCAAAUAAGCCAGGUUAAAACGAUUAUGGAUCGAAAUGCCUUUGUCUUAGUCCUGAUCGACGCGGAGAGUAUACUAUUCACCAAAGACUUCUUAUCCAAAGGUGAAAAGGGUGGUAUUGAGGCUGCCAACGCUCUCGCCAGUGCUGCCCGAACGUUCUGCACACAAACCCUACAUCACCUCGCGUCGAUCAGAAUUAUUGUUCGCGUCUAUGCCAAUGUUAAAGCUCUCGCCGACAACCUUACAAAAUCGAAGAUCAUCGAUCGACCAUCACUAUUGGAUGACUUUGUUCGAGGCGCCAAUAGCUCCCAACUUCUGCUUGACUUUGUCGACUCCGGAUCACGACCAAAUGCAACAAAAGAAAAAAUCAAUGAACAGUUCCGAGCCAGCCUCUACGACUGCCACUGUCAUCAGAUUAUUUUGGGCUGCGAUAACCAAUAUGCCCCUUUGCUCGAGGAUACCGCGAGAGAUCCUACUGUACUAAACCACAUCACGCUACUUGAGUCUAUCCCCUUCGAGAAGGAGAUUGCCACACUCAAAGAACAAUUCAAGUGCGCAAAAUUCGAUGGUCUGUUUAGGACAACCAAAUUAGCUCCCACUCCUAUCGUGCCGAAGGGCCCUCUUCAAGCCGUCACCGCCACACUCCCAGCUCUUUCUCGAGUCGAAUCCAAUGGGACGACGGGUACCACUUCGAGCUCGAGCACACCUGCCAUGACGUGGGCAUCAAUCUCUGCACAGCCUUUCCUUCCAUCAGGCCCACCUUCCAAGGCCAGCACUACUCGGACAUCGACACCAACAUCUAUGAAAUCUCCAGACGUGGUGGACGUCAAACCGGCAAGCAAAGGCAUCGAGCGAAAUCGAUUCGACCAGCGCAUUGAUAGAGUCGAUUCCUCCAUUCCUAAUCACGAAAUCCAACGUAUCAAGAAGCUCAAGCUUUGCAACAUUUACUAUCUCCAGGGCGUGUCAUACUGCACAAGUAACAAUUGUUCACAUUCACACACCUACCCUCUCUCCAAAGGGGAGCGAAGCAUUCUCCGAGAGGUUGCCCGAAUGACUCCUUGCUAUUACCGGAUGGAUUGUUCCGAUCCUGAAUGCAUCUAUGGCCAUAGGUGUCCGCAGAACAAGCCUGAUGAACCAGGCUGCUGGUACGGCGAGGACUGUCGGUUUUAUGGCUGGGGCCACGGGAUAGACACUCGAGUCGUCAAGACGACCAGAGUUUAA